AUGCCGCUUGAGUGCAGGGCAAGUAUGCUCAGGGAUGCUUGGGACCUUCCGUCUAUUGUCCCUGAUAUUCCCCAACCAUCUGUGCCCGGCCCUGAUAACACACUGGUACCCAUACAUGCGGCUCAACAGAAUGGUAGCCCCGAGGAAGACAAGAACAUUUGGCUUCCCGUCGGCGUUUUCGAUAGAAAAACCGCCCACGAUGGCAUUGUGGGGCAAAAUAUUGCGCUUUUACGUGAAAAUGGCUGGCUCCGCGACCAUGAUCGAGCCAACAGUAUCGGAUUAUGGAUCAAUACGAACAUGACAAGCCGGCGUCACUCACAACGAUUGAUUGGGAAAUUAAGAAAUGCCGUUAAAGUCGUCAUGGCGAGCAUUGAUUGUUCGCCUGAAGCAUGGGCAGGGCAACGCAGUGCUAAGAUACCUGAUCCCAAUGUUUCCAGCGCCGAAGAUGACUCCCUCUUUUACAUUUUCAACACGCUGGAAAAUCCCAAUCCUGAUGUGGAAGCCAUGAAAGAUCCUUGGGCCAAAUGGUCUAUGGAGGACUUGAUGUCUGGAACCGAUUUCUCGGCAUAUGGCAUCAAGACUCCGCUCUAUCCGUAUCAGCGUCGAUCGGCUGCUACUAUGGUUCAGCGGGAGGCGCAGCCGGCUUAUAUGCUUGAUCCGCGGUUCCAGCCUUAUCGGACCCCUACGGGCGUGGAGUAUUAUUUUGAUAAGGAGGAUGGAAUUAUUGUUCGCGAGAAAACGAUGUAUUCUGAGGCUUGUGGAGGAAUUCUGGCAGAGACUAUGGGCUGUGGGAAGACACUCAUCUGUCUUGCUGUAAUCUGUGCUACUCGUGGGCAUGUCCCCAAGAUUCCCAUCCAGUAUUUGUCCCGACCGGAUAGACCGGAUCCCAGGCCCGUUCGAGAAAAGGUUGGAUCUCUCAUGGAUAUGGCUGCAGCUGCCACGGGCCGCCAUUCUGAGCCUUGGAAAAACUUCUUCCUCGAAAAGCAAAAACAGGGCAAAUUUUACGACAGGUGUAUCAAGGCGUGUGAACGCCAGUGUGGAUUCUAUGAAAUUCCGCCGCAUCAGACUCGAUACCAAGGCCGACAUAGCAUGUCUUAUCAAAGACCGCCGGCUAGGCGUAUUCGAAUUUGCUCGGGUACAAUUAUUAUCGCUCCGAACAACUUGGUAGAUCAUUGGCAACGUGAAAUCGGGCUUCACACCGAAAACCUCAAAGUUUUGACACUGAGAUUAGGCACUGACACGACUCCUUCUGCUGACCAGCUCCUGGAUUAUGACAUCGUUCUGUUCUCCAAGACACGUUUCGAGCGAGAGGCAGGCGAGGCUGUACACAACCGGCGCAAUAGCUAUAUUCCUCUCGAGUCACCUCUCACAGAACUUCAUUGGCUACGGGUGAUUGUCGACGAAGGUCACAAUGUUGCAGGGCAUGGUUCAAAAACGAAUAUGAUUCACCUGCUCAGCCAACUUCACUUUGAACGUCGUUGGGUGAUCUCCGGUACGCCGUCUACUGGACUCUACGGGGUAGAGGUCAGCCUAGCCUCGCAGGAGGCUAACACAAGCGACACCGAGCCAUCGGAGCAUAUCACUGCUGCUGCCCUGAAAACUCGAAAGAAGACGGGAAAUGCAAUUGAGAACGAAAUGAAAGACUUAGACCGGAUCCGGCGCAUUGUGAUUGAGUUCCUGGACUUGAAACCUUGGUCGAACUCGCGUGCGGAUGACCCUGCUGAUUGGACUAAGUACAUCAAGCCUCUCGGAGAAGAUGGCAAGCGACGAAAAACACCGGCUAUACGUGCUACACUUCAAGGAUUAGUGGUUCGACACCGAAUGGAUGUGGUAAAUAAGGAAAUUACUCUCCCGAAGCUCUACAACAAGGUCGUUUACCUUCAGCCAACGUAUUAUGACCGAUUAUCUAUCAAUUUGUUCCUUUUUAACCUUGCUGUCAACUCAAUUACUUCCGAACGCCAAGGUCCAGAUUACAUGUUCGACUCUAGCAACCGGAAGAGUCUGAAUCAGACGAUCAACAACUUGCGCCAGGCCGGAUUCUGGUGGGUCGGCCAUGACAAGGACCUGCCAAAAACAGUCGAUGUUGCGCUAGAAUAUCUGAAGAAAAAAGGAGAUACCAUGACGAUCGCUGACUUGAAUCAAUUAAAUAAGGGUAUUGAGAUUGCUCGUGGAGCCCUAGAGUCUAAUAGAUGGCGCGAGCUUCAGCAUCUACACGCGCUUGGGAUAUUUGUGACAGAAUUCCCCGAAGACAACCGGGCGCAUUGGGCAAUUGACCCUCAAAGAGAGGAUGAUCCACUUCUCAUUGGUAUCACACAGGCUCUCUCUGCGCAGAAAUUUGUUACGAAGCAUCUCAGACAGCGUGAUCCUACACAGGGCCUAUCAGGCCAUGGCAUCCAUAUACGCCAGGCUCUCAAGCGGAGCGAUCAACGCACCUCAACAAAAGGAGCCCCAGAGUCUACUAAUACGACCUCUACCAGAUCAACCCCCAGUCCGAAUCCAACAAGAAAAUCGCCGAAGAAGACCUUCAAUCGCAAUAUUUUUUACACACUCCCCAAAAACUCACCUCUCAAUAAAACCCAAUUUGUCGCCACGGCGUCCGCCAAACUAACUUAUCUCCUCGAUCAAGUUAUCAAAUACCAAGAAGCAGAAAAAAUCAUCAUCUUCUACGACAACAGUAACUCGGCCUUCUGGAUCGCUGAAGGACUUGAACUUCUCGGCAUAGACUUCCGCAUCUACGCUAGCACUCUCAACCCCCAACUCCGAACAGAAUAUCUCAAUCUCUUCCGCGAAGGCAAUGAAGUCCGUAUCCUCCUCAUGGACCUCCGCCAAGCCUCACAUGGUCUACACAUUGCUCAGGCCUCACGUGUAUACAUAGUCAAUCCAAUCUGGCAACCAAACGUCGAAAGCCAAGCAAUCAAACGUGCUCACCGAAUUGGCCAGACCAGACCCGUUUACGUGGAGACGCUUGUUCUACAAGACACACUCGAAGAUAGAAUGUUGCGUCGACGAAAGGAGAUGUCCGAAGCAGAGAUCCAACAUGCCGAGAAGAGUUUGUUAGAUGAUACGACUAUGAAUGAUAUUAUUCAGAACGAGCCUUUCCUGGAUAUGUCAGACGAGGAUUCUUCCGGUGCAGCAUACUUGCUUCGUCCGAUGGGCUUCUUUGACCGUCAUCGUUUGCCUAUUCCAGAUAAUGAGGCCGCCGAAGUAGGUGGUUCUAGGAAACGUUCUCACAUACCUGUCACAGUCGAGUCAGAUGCUGAUUCUGAUGCGAUGGAUUGGUCGGAGAAUGUGGAGCCUCCGACUCCAACCAAGAAGUCGCGGAUUGGUUUUGCGCCGAGUGUGCAAAUUUUGGGCACUGGAACUGAGAGUGACAGUGACUCUUCAGUUCAGAAUCGCUCUGCAAUCUCUGCUUCCUCAUCUUCUGCGGCUUAA